AUGGAAAACAUGAACUGGGUGGCCAAUCACACUGGACAGAAUGAUUUCAUCCUUGUAGGACUCUUCAGCCAGUUCAAACACCCAACUCUCCUUUGUUUGGUCAUUUUUGUAGUUUUCCUAAUGGCUUUAUCUGGAAACAUCAUCUUGAUCCUUCUGAUAUACUCUGAUGUCCAUCUCCAUACCCCUAUGUACUUUUUUAUCAGCCAGUUGUCUCUCAUGGAUAUGAUGUACAUUUCUGUCACUGUGCCCAAGAUGCUCAUAAACCAGGUCAUAGGUGUGAAUAGGAUUUCAGCUCCUGAAUGUGGAAUGCAGAUGUUUCUCUAUGUGACACUAGCAGGUUCGGAAUUUUUCCUCCUAGCUUCUAUGGCUUAUGACCGAUAUGUGGCCAUCUGUCAUCCUCUUCGUUAUCCUGUCCUCAUGAACCAGAGGGUGUGUCUCCUUCUGGCAUCUGGCUGCUGGAUCCUGGGCUCUGCGGAUGGCUUCCUAUUCACUCCCACCACCAUGACCUUCCCCUUCUGCAGAUCCCGGGAGAUUCAUCAUUUUUUCUGUGAGGUUCCUGCAGUGUUGAAGCUUUCCUGCUCAGACACCUCCCUCUAUGAGAUUUUCAUGUAUUUGUGUUGUGUCCUCAUGCUCCUCACACCUGUGAUGAUCAUUUCAAGCUCUUACUACUUUAUUCUCCUUACCAUUCACCGCAUGAACUCAGCUGAGGGCCGCAAGAAAGCCUUUGCCACUUGCUCUUCCCACAUGACUGUGGUCAUUCUCUUCUAUGGGGCUGCAGUCUACACCUACAUGCUUCCCACCUCCUAUCACACACCUGAGAAGGACAUGAUGGUAUCUGUCUUUUAUACCAUACUUACUCCUGUGCUAAAUCCUUUAAUCUACAGUCUCCGGAAUAAGGAUGUUAUGGGAGCUUUGAAGAAAAUGUUGAAUUUAGGACCUGUCUUUCAAGAAACAAUAAAGUAG